AUGGCUUUCGCCCCCAUGGGGCCUGACGCCUCGUUUUUCGAAGUUUUGGACCAGCACAGGGCUUUCCUGCUGGCUGACCUGAGGAGAGGCGGUGAGGAGUCCCUUCGCGGGGGGACCCGCCCCGCCUCGAGUUCUGAGGUUCUUGCAGCUAUUGAAAAUAUUAUCCAAGACAUAAUUGCAAGCUUGGCAAGAAAGGAAGCACCUGCAUUCACUAUAGACAACAGAUCCAGCUGGGAAAAUAUAAAGUUUGAAGAUUCUGUGGGUCUUCAGAUGGUAUCUCAUCGUACCACAAGAAAAAUCAAAAGUGAUUCACCAAAAUCAGUUCAAAAUUUCGCUCUAGUUCUUAAAAUACUGUCCAUGAUUUAUAAAUUAGUACAAAGCAACACUUAUGCAACCAAAAGAGACAUAUAUUACACUGACAGCCAACUCUUUGGUAACCAGACUGUUGUGGACAAUAUAAUCAACGACAUUUCUUGUCUGUUAAAAGUGCCAAGGAGGAGUCUACAUAUAUUAUCUACAUCAAAAGGUUUAAUUGCUGGCAAUUUAAGCUACAUUGAGGAAGAUGGUACCAGAGUGAACUGUACUGGCUGCUCAACAGCUGUUGCUGUGCCAUCUAAUAUUCAAGGACUUCGAAAUUUAAUUACAGAUGCAAAAUUUCUAUUAAUUGUGGAAAAAGAUGCGACAUUUCAGCGUCUCCUAGAUGAUAACUUCUGCAGCAAAAUGUCUCCGUGCAUCAUGGUUACGGGAAAGGGAGUGCCUGACCUGAACACGAGACUUUUAGUCAAGAAGCUGUGGGAUCUGUUCCACAUUCCUGUUUUCGCUCUUGUAGAUGCUGACCCACACGGCAUAGAAAUAAUGUGCAUCUAUAAGUAUGGAUCUAUGUCUAUGUCUUUUGAAGCCCAUAAUCUCACGGUUCCAGCAAUUAGAUGGCUUGGUCUUCUCCCUUCUGAUAUUAAAAGGUUAAAUAUACCUAAAAAUACUUUAAUUCCACUGACAAAACGGGACCAGAUGAAACUUGACAGUAUCCUGAAGAGACCUUAUGUUACCUGCCAACCAUUUUGGAGAAAAGAAAUGGAAAUAAUGGCAGACUCUAAAAUGAAGGCAGAAAUCCAGGCUUUGACCUUCAUAUCAUCUGAUUAUCUUUCCAAAGUGUACUUACCUAACAAACUAAAAUUUGGUGGGUGGAUAUAAAAACACAUCAGAAGAACCUGUGAUUGCCAGAAGUUUUUCAUUAGUUUUGUUUUAAUUGGUAAACACUGUUGUGGAAGGAACAUAUAUUUUUAAUUCUUUAAAAGGUUAAAUAAUUUUUCACUAAUAUUUUUUUCUCAAAAUGAAUGCUGUAUUCUAAUUUUCUUU